GCCGUCCGCGGUCACGUGACUCGUCAUCUGUCAGGGGACAGCAUGGCGGACAUGCGUGCGGAGCCUCAAAACAAGUUGCGCCGAGUGUCCAGCUAACCCCUGCCGCGAGAAGCAAUCGAUACCGCCGCGAGAAGCCGGGUCCCCUCCUCCUCUUCCUCCCACCACCUCGGCGCGGUGCCCGAACAGACCGCAGAAUGGAGGAGGAGAACAAACUUCAGUUCCCGUCUCUGCCCGCCAUCACGGAGGAUCUUCUGGACUGGGCUUAUCCGAUGAGACGAGACAUGCAGGAGAUAUUACCGGGACUGUUUUUGGGUCCCUACUCUGCUGCAAUGAAAAGCAAGCUGCCAAUCCUUGAGGCACAGGGCAUAACACAUGUUGUGUGUGUCCGCCAAGACAUCGAAGCCAAUUUUAUCAAACCUAAUUUUGCUCAUACAUUUAGAUAUCUUGUGUUAGAUAUUGCUGACAAUCCAGUGGAAAAUAUAAUACGAUUUUUCCCUUCGACUAAAGAAUUUAUUGACGGUUGCUUAGCAACAGGAGGCAAGGUCCUGGUUCAUGGUAAUGCAGGAAUAUCAAGAAGUGCUGCCUUAGUGAUUGCAUACCUUAUGGAAACAUUUGGGAUGAAAUACAGGGAUGCAUUCAGCCACGUCCAGGAGAGGAGGUUCUGCAUCAACCCCAAUGUGGGCUUUGUGCAUCAGCUACAGGAAUAUGAAGCGAUCUAUCUGGCCAAACUGACCAUUAAGAUGAUGUCACCGAUGCAGUUGGGCAGGUCGUUCUCUUUACAAGCUGGAAUGCAAGGAAGCCGUAAACGCAGCCUGGAGGAAGACGAUGACUUUGGAGCAAUGCAGGUCACAGCAUCCCAGAAUGGAUGAGCUUUGCGGAUAUUUAGCUGUGAUGCAGUGCACUCGAUUAAUUUUUCCACAUUUUUAAUGGGAUUAAAAAUGUAAAUAUUUGAACUUUUUCUAAGGGAAAGGGGUGGGGGGGGGGACGGAUGAUUGCUCGUGUCUGAGACAUUGAGUGAUGGAGGAGAUCGGGCCAAUUUGAUAACUUUUUUUUCUCGAGCUGUAUGCACUGAUUUUUUGCAGUUUUAUAGUAUUUAAAGCAUUUUGCAUUUGCAGCGGGACAGUAUUGCAAUAAUGCACUUUCGAUACUUGAAUUUGUGUAAUAACCAGAAUGGGGCACUUGGCAAAAAAGGGAAAGUAGCCAAGACGGCGCCCAAUGGAGGACAUGAGAGGAAUAGCUAAUGCCUUUAUUUUGGGAGUAAUGGGGCUAUGGACUAGUAUCAUGCUUAACGUUGGAGAGUAAGGAAUGGGCAAAAUAACAACUCACUGCUUAAUUAAACAAGUCUGAGUUCUG